UAGCCAGUUGGUGAGGUUAGAGCUAGUAGGCUCUGGUUCAGUGGUGCUAGACCCAGGAGAAGAGGUGAGACUGUCACAACAGGAGCUGUCCACUGAACUACUAGUGCUGAAGUCAGGAAUCUAUUUUGGUUUUAGCAAGCUACUGCUGUUAAAAAGGAACUGUCAGACCGAUUAACUUCAGCUACAGUCACAGCGAAUCAGAAGCACAGGAUAACGGAUUGAAUCCAGCUCACCUUGAGAUACCGUUAUCUUGAAAGUAUUUUGGAAAUUAUCUUGGAAGAUUGUCGCUGGAAUAUUGCUUGGGAUUUGACAAUCAGGCAAAGACCAAUGAGGACACAUAAAUGGUGGUCAGCACUUUUAUUGCUUGGAGUUGUCUUACUGGAAACAGAAGGAAGGCCAAGCAAGGAUGGAUAUGGACCAAAAACUUAUCAACCCCUAGUGAGAUUCCGACAUAAGCAGGAUGGAAGCUCAGACGGUGUACAGAUUAAAGGGUAUUUUGGCCAGGGUGUUUAUUUUGGAGCCUGUGAAAAUAAGUACUGUGGCUUGGGGCGACACUGUGUUGUCAACAGGGAGACGGGACAAGGAGAAUGUGCCUGCAUGGAACACUGCAAACCUCAUUACAAACCAGUGUGUGGUUCUGAUGGAGAGCUCUAUGAGAACCACUGUGAACUUCACCGUGCUGCCUGUUUAAAGAGGCAGAAGAUCACCAUUAUUCACAGUGAAGACUGCUUUUAUAAAGGUGACAAGUGUCAGAUGAGUGACUACGGAAAGUUAAAAAAUCAGCUGCUUGAUCUGCAGAACCAGAAGUACAUCAGACAGGUCAAUGAAGGGGAAAAUGAAGACAAAAUGUCCCUGAAGAGACUGUUGGUAGACCAGAUGUUCCAAUACUUUGACUCAGACAACAACGGACUUGUAGAUAGCAAUGAGCUUACACAGGUCAUCAAACAGGAAGGACUGGCCAAGGAUGUAUCUGAAUGCACUUUGUUUGAUCUUUUGAAAUACGAUGAUCGGAAUGUUGAUAAACACUUGUCCAUAGAAGAGUUCUACACGGCAUUUGAGGUCCUUCAGCUGAGUAUACCUGAAGACCAGAAAGUGAGCAUCACUACAGCAACCGUAGGUCAAAGUGCAGUCCUGGCAUGUGCUAUUCAGGGAACACAAAGACCACCCAUUGUUUGGAAGCGUAACAAUGUAGAGCUCAACAAUCUGGAUUUGGAAGACAUCAAUGAUUUUGGAGAUGACGAAUCUUUGUACAUAACCAAGGUUACCACAACUCACAUGGGUAACUACAGCUGUCAUGCAGAUGGCUAUGAGAAGCUUUACCAGACCCAUAUUCUCCAGGUGAAUGUUCCCCCUGUCAUCCAGGUCUACCCAGCUAGCCAAGCCAGAGAACCAGGAGUAACUUCCAGCCUCAGGUGCCAUGCAGAAGGCAUCCCCAAUCCUCAGCUUGCAUGGCUGAAGAAUGGCAUGGACAUAACAACAAAACUGUCAAAACAGCUUACAUUGCAAGCAAAUGGAAGUGAAGUACACAUAAGUAAUGUUCGCUAUGAAGAUACUGGAGCAUACACUUGUAUUGCAAAAAAUGAAGCUGGAGUGGAUGAAGACAUCUCAUCUCUGUUUGUUGAGGAUUCUGCUAGGAAGACACUUGCAAACAUUCUGUGGCGAGAAGAAGGUCUUGGAAUUGGCAAUAUGUUCUAUGUAUUUUAUGAGGAUGGGAUUAAAGUCAUUCAGCCAGUGGAAUGUGAAAUUCAGAGACAUAUAAAACCAAGCGAAAAACUACUUGGACUUCAGGAUGAGGUUUGCCCACAACUGGAAGGUGAUACCAUUCAGAGAUGUUUUUGGUCUUCUGCUGUAAAUGUUAAGGACAAGUACAUUUAUGUCACUCAACCAAAUCUAAACAGAGUUCUCAUCGUGGAUGUUCAGUCACAAAAGGCUAUACAGGCUGUGAACACUGAUCCAGUUCCAGUGAAACUGCACUAUGACAAAUCCCAUGAUCAAGUCUGGGUUCUCAGCUGGGGAGAUAAAGAGAAGACUAUACCCACACUCCAGGUGAUCAAUCAGGCCAGUGGGAGCAUGUCCCAUCAUACCAUACAUACACAGCCGGUUGGAAACCGGUUUGAUAAGGUGGAAGAUUUUUUCAUUCCAGCUACAACCCUUAUUAUCAGUCACAUCAGGUUUGGAUUCAUUCUUCAUAAAAAUGAACCAGUUCUUCAUAAAAUUGACCUUGAGACAACAUCCUAUGUGAAGAAGAUAAGCCUGAAAGAAUAUAACUGUAUACCAAAGUCCAUGGCCUAUACUCACCUGGGAGGCUACUACUUCAUCAGCUGCAAGCCCAACAUGACUAAUGCUAUUAAACCUCAGCUCAUAGUGGACAGUAUAACCGACUCAGUGAUUGGAUAUAAUGGAAAUGUAACUGGCACCCCGUAUAUGUCUCCAGAUGGACACUUCCUUGUCAGUAUUGAUGAUGAGAAAGGUCUUAUGAGAGUGCAGUCAAUUACAAUCCGAGGUGAGAUUCAGGAAGCUUUUGACAUUCACACAAAUUUACACAUCUCUGAAGUGGCUUUCCAACCUUCCUUCACUGAAGCACAUCAGUACAAUGUCUUUGCCAGUUCUGGGCUACAGACAGAUGUUUUGUAUGUUGAGUUAGCCACUGGUAAAGUCAAGAUGAUAAAGAGUCUCAAGGAGCCUAUGAAAGCAGUAGAAUGGCCCUGGAAUGCCAAGAACCGUGUGAUCAAGGACAGUGGAUUGUUUGGUCAGUACCUCAUGACACCUUCAAGAGAAUCUCUGUUCAUUUUGGAUGGUCGACUGAACAAGCUGAAUUGUGAGAUUACUGAUGUGUUGAAAGGUAACACAAUCAUGUGGGUUGGGGAACCAUAAACACUUACUGUCGCUCCUUAUGUGGGAUACUGUUGCACUCAAUUGGGUAUUCAAUGUACACCCUUUUUCCAUUUUAAUAACAUGUAAAAAGUUAUUUUUAAAUAGAAAAAAGUUAAUAGCCCAAUGCUGGAAAAACCUAAUCACAAAAAGAAUGGAAACAAGUAACUGACUUAGAGUCAGUAGGGAUUUUUACACUAAAUUCUGUAUUUAGUUAUAUAAUUUAUGGUAUAAAAUUGAAACAGACAUAAUUAAUCUUUAGCCACAAAGAGUUUUGAAAUGCCAUAAUUAAAUUAAUUUGAUUUGUGAUCCAUAUAUCCCAUUGAUUUUUCUUUGGGAUGAAAACAGAAAAAAGAUGUUGCUUGACCUUUAAUAUUUGAAAUUUCAGCAUCAGCGUCUUGUCCACUGUUCAGUCGUGCUUUUGUGCCUUCAAGGGAUACACUUACAUGAUCUGCAGCAAAAUAAUUAUCCCCAUUGUGGCUAUAGAAUGCUUGUUAUUGAAUAUAACGGAAUAUAAUUCAGAUCACCACUACUUUCUUUCAUGAAGAGUGGAGGUUUAAACUUUUAAAAAGAGGGUCAGGUAAACCCCUAUAAAUACAUCUUCCUUAUUGGGGUUUUUUGUGUUUUGUCUAAUGUUGAAUGUUCAAAUAGGUGAUUACAAGAGGAUACACAACAACUGUUGUUUUGAUUUAAUAAUAAUUUGCAAUAUUAUGAAAGAAAAAAAUGUGAGUUAAACAAUUGGCAACAGAAAUUUACUGAAAUUGUAGUGCAUGCAGGAAAGUCAGAGUUUUGUUUGGCUUCAAAACUAGCUGAUUCACUAAGAAAUCUACAAUGAACAUUAUCUAUUUGUAAAAUAAAACUGAUUGGUAAGCUUUGCUUAAGUUAUAAUUUACAAUAGGUUUUGAGGUGUGUGCAACCAGGAUAAAGCAGUAAGAUGAGCCCUGGCUGAGACACAUGUGUUCUGAUGUGCAUCUCAUGGGAAGAAAAGACUUUACUGUUGAUUCUCAAUUAUAUUAAAGCACCAUGAAAAAAAGAAUUAGGACCAAUGCUUUAUGCAAAAUAUAGUUCAAUUUUAAAUAAAAUAUCCUAAAAUGCUUUCUGCAGAACCUUAAAAUACAGUUGUCAUAAUAUUUGAGGAUUUUAGUUCUGGAAAUAAUGAAAGUAAGAAUCAGACUUUUGAACAUCUUUUGAAAUACUAUAAGCACAAGGUAGUGUGUGCUUCUUAGAACAAUUCUCUACCUAGAUGGUGUAGUCUAUGCAUUUUCAUUCUUAAAACCUGCCUAGAUAAGGGCAUUUUUAGGAUGAACCUUUUCAGAUUUAACAAAGUUCUUAGGUUUCUUUGGAUUAUUGGGCUUAAAUUACACAAGGUUUAAGCUUGCUAAAUGGUUGCUGACUAAAAAAUAAAUUUUAUAUUUUUUAUUUUAAUGUUAACCUGCUGUAAAACUUCAAGGCAAUCAUUUAAAAGUUUGAUCUUUUUAUAAUACUCUUUGACAUAGAAUAGAACUUGUCAUAUCCUCACAGCUUUUUACUAAUGUCUUGUGACUUAUAAUUUUUCUAGUUGUGUUAACAAAAUAGUUAAAUGGGCAGUGUGAUAUACCACUUGAUAGUUUGCAGACGUGUUUGAAAAUUCAGAUGAUAAUUUCUAGAAAUUGAACCAAUUUCAUUUUUAAGAAAAAAUAUUUCUUCAUAACUGAUCAAGUAUAAAGUGAUGUUGAUUAAUAAAAUUUUGUCUUUUACAUUUAGUCAUGUAUGUUAAUUCAUGUGGCUGUUCUUCAUGUAGAGAUAUGCUUGUCACUGACAGAACAAUAAAGCCCAUACAUUUUAAAAUAUAA